GGAACAGCGCAGGAAUAUGCCAUUCCGCCCGAACAGAGCAUCUCGGCACUUGGUCCCUGGGCGAACUGUCAGGCAGGUCCUGGAAGCUGAUAAAAUACCUGGGAGCGGACAAUGAUUGGGAAAUCUUACAUCUUGCUGUUGCUUCUUCAAGCUGGACUGGCACAAGAGUGGGAAGCCAAUACUCCACGUGAGGUGGUGGCACAGGAAGGUUCCUGUGCACAGAUUCCAUGCCGCUACAGUUACCCUUCACAUCUGGCAAACCUCCUGCGAAUUGGAAUCUGGUUUAACAACAAAAAUAGGGGAACAUCUUCAACAGCCUUUCACUCCAACGAUCACAGUCGUGAGUUGGCACAGUUCCGCCAUCGCACCCAGCUGUCUGGAGACCUGAAAGACGGAGACUGUUCCCUGAUUAUAAAGGGCAUCACACAGGAAGAUGCAGGACCCUAUUAUUUCAGAGUAGAAUUUGACGAUGUGAACAGUUACAGCUACCUUCCAGAAACCUGGCUUCAAGUUUCUGGUUUCACAGAUAAACCCACAAUAUUCCCUGUGGAAACUAUCGCUGGAAAACGUGUGAACCUAAGGUGCACCUUCAACACAACGUGCAAUGGAACAGCUCCUGUCUUAACCUGGGAUACUCCCACUGCGGUAACUGGAUCAGUCUCAAACACUGUAACUCAGCAUGGUGUCACUCUGACCUAUACUACUGUUCUGAGCCUAAUCCCAUCACCCAGACACCAGGGACAAACUCUUACUUGCAGAAUAAGUUAUCCUACGGUUUCAUCAGAGCAGACCAUCACACUGACAGUACAAUACUCACCACGGAAUCUCUCAAUUACUUCUCUUGCUGUGAUUAAGGAUUCAUCGAUCAGUGUAAUUGAGGGGAAUUCCGCGGUGAUAAUCUGCUCUGUCGAGAGCUUCCCAGCUUCUAACCUGAUGUGGAGACACCUUAACAUCACUUUGAACAGAACAAGUUCCAACAAUGAGCUGUGGUUGGAGAUUCCUCACAUUACGUACAGGGAGACUGGAGACUAUCAGUGUGUGGCAGAGAAUGAACAUGGAGCAGUGGAGGGCUCCAUUACUAUUGCUGUGGAAUACUCACCACGGAAUCUCUCAAUCACUUCUCUUGCUGUGAUUAAAGACUCAUCGAUCAGCGUAAUUGAGGGGAAUUCUGCAGUGAUAAUCUGCUCUGUUGAGAGCUUCCCAGCUUCUAACCUGACGUGGAGACAUCUUAAUGUCACCGUGAACAGAACACGUUCCAACAAUGAGCUGUGGUUGGAGAUUCCUCACAUUACGUACAGGGCGACUGGAGACUAUCAGUGUGUGGCAGAGAAUGAGCAUGGAGCAGUGGAGGGCUCCAUAACCAUCACUGUGGAAUACCCACCAGGGAAUCUCACAAUUACUUCUCUUGCUGUGAUUAACGAUUCAUCGAUCAAUAUAAUUGAGGGGAAUUCUGCAGUGAUAAUCUGCUCUGUUGAGAGCUUCCCAGCUUCUAACCUGACGUGGAGACAUCUUAAUUUCACAGUGAACCGAACACGUUCCAACAAUGAGCUGUGGCUGGAGAUUCCUCACAUUACGUACAGGGCGACUGGAGACUAUCAGUGUGUGGCAGAGAAUGAACAUGGAGCAGUGGAGGCCUCCAUAACCAUCACUGUGGAAUACUCACCACAGAAUCUCUCAAUGACUUCUGUUGCUGUGAUUAAAGAUUCAUCGGUCAAUAUAAUUGAGGGGAAUUCUGCAGCGAUAGUCUGCUCUGUUGAUAGCUUCCCAGCUUCUAACCUAAUGUGGAGACAUCUUAAUGUCGUAAUGAACAGAACCAGUUCCAACAAUGAGCUGUGGUUGGAGAUUCCUCACAUUACGUACAGGGAGAAUGGAGACUAUCAGUGUGUGGCAGAGAAUGAACAUGGAGCAGUGGAGGGCUCCAUAACCAUUAUUGUGGAAUAUGCACCACGGAAUCUCUCAAUUACUUCUCGUGCUGUAAUUAAAAAUUCAUCGAUCAAUAUAGUUGAGGGGAAUUCUGCAGUGAUAAUCUGCUCUGUCGAGAGUUUCCCAGCUUCUAACCUGACAUGGAGACAUCUUAAUGUCACAGUGAACAGAACAUGUUCCAACAAUGAGCUGUGGUUGGAGAUUCCUCGUGUUACAUUCAGAGAGACUCGAGACUAUCAGUGUGUGGCAGAGAAUGGACACGGAGUAGUGGAGGGCUCCUUAACCGUCACUGUGCAAUACCCACCACGGAAUCUCACAAUAACUUCUCCUGCUGUGAUUAAAGAUUCAUCAAUCAAUAUAAUUGAGGGGAAUUCCGCAGUGAUAAUCUGUUCUGUCGAGAGUUUCCCAGCUUCUAACCUGACGUGGAGACAUCUUAAUGUCACAAUGAACAGAACAAGUUCCAACAAUGAGCUGUGGUUGGAGAUUCCUUACAUUACAUCCAAGGAGACUGGAGACUAUCAGUGUGUGGCAGAGAAUGACCAUGGAGCAGUGGAGGGCUCCAUCACCAUCAUUGUGCAAUAUCCCCCACGGGAGACCACUGUGUCCAUCAGUGGAGCCUCAGCUGGGAUCAGAGAGGGACACAACGUCACAUUAAUCUGUUCCGGUCAAAGUGUCCCACCGAUAUUGCAUUACACGUGGUUCAGGAUGGAAGGUAACACCAGCACCCAGCUAAACACAAGCAGCCGGAUUCUCUCCUUCACUCCAGUAACACGAGGGAAUGAUGCAGGUUUCUACUGCAUGGUCACAAAUCCAUUGGGUAACAGCAGCUCCAAUAUGACCCACCUGAAUGUGGAAUAUGGUCCGGAGAUUUCCUGGGAGUCGGAAUGUGCUCGGAGGGCAGAGGGGAUCACCUGCGCCUGUGUGGCCAACUCCAACCCUCCUGGAGACCUGACCUGGCACCUGCCCCAUGCCAACCUCAGCGGAAACCAAACACUCGGAGGUUUUGUGUCGCAGCAGCUCAGAGUGGGGCAUCUGGUGAUGGGUUCGCUGAUCCUGAAGGGAGACCAGGGUGAAGAGAAAGUGAUGGCAUCCUGCUCGAUUCGAAACCCACAUGGAGUAGCCACACACAACAUGUAUCUUUGGGUCAGAGGUAGAUUCUGCAGUAAAUGCACAGUAGGACUGGUCGUGAUUGGAAUCAUGUUGACUGUUUUUCUGGCUGGAAUCUUAAUCAUGCUGAGUGUGAAAAAGAGAAAGACAGCAACUGAGGAGACAGCUUCGAAGACCAGUGACAUUGCAUUGACCGACCGUCGAGUCUCUGUGAAACACCAGGGUUCACAGAACAUGAAAGUUACGGACCCUCUGGACACAAUUAGAGAGGGGGAUACACCAUCUCCUCAGGAUGUCUUUGACAGUCCAGUGGGAGGUGAUGCUGGACAAGAGGACCCCAACAGAACUGAAAAUGUUCUCUACGCCAACAUCAACUUCUCAAAACUGCCCAAAGGUGACGGGACAGUGCACAGAGACGAGGACACAGAAUAUGCACAGAUCAGAUUCCAACAUAACUGACAGAGAAACAGGGAGAGGGGUUGGUGCAGCCUAUAUGGUUGGAUAAUAAUGAAGAUAAAAAUGACGUUGCCCAACUUUGUUGGUAGUUCUGAAC